AUGGCUUCUACAAAGCCCGCAGCGCGUCAUGUCAAUGUAAUGGCUGAUAUCAAUAUCGCGAACCUGCCCAUUGAAGGAUUGCGAACAAUUAUGCGUGGGAUCUUGGCCGAAAGACCCGACUGUACGCCUGUGUUUGAGGAACAGGCAAGGCAGUAUCUGGGCGAAACUGUUUCCCGGAUUGCCGAGACUACCUUGUUCCAGCAGACCGCAGAUGGUUCUUUUCAAACAACCGCCUCCUUUGAACAAAUUCGAAAGCGGAUUUGCUGUAUGAUAACGUCUGGAUUGUGUUAUCAAGCUUUCCCCGUUUUGCAGGGAAUCGUCGAACAAGUUUCGCAAAUCAAGCUUGAAACUGGCCAAUCGGGUAUCCUAGACCAGAUCGCCAGUGUAGAUGGUGACAUUAUCCAGGCUAUCACUGCCGUCCAGCAAACUCUCUUUUCGGAGACUGGGUCUCGGGAGCUCGCGGAGAAGGAAAGACAGCCGUUGGAGGCUUUGCUGAAGUCUAUCACGGCAUGCAAGUCUGCAUGGGAGAAGAACUCACUUCCCUUCCCCUUUCAACGAGGCUUUGAGGCAAUUACACACCUCGUUAAUCCUUCUUUUGAAUUCGCCUCAGUGGUUGACCAUGAAUCACUGUCUCAGAAGCCCCCACGUCCUAUUUCAGAGACAUUCGAAAUGGGAGAUAUUCAACUUCCUCGAAUUUUCUCUGGAUUGUGGCAACUUUCCAGCCCAGCCUGGGGAAGUGCGCCUCGGUCCAAGAUUAUGCAGCAGUUCUCAAAGCAUGUCGAGAGUGGGUUGACGGCCUUCGAUAUGGCGGAUCAUUAUGGAGAUGCCGAAAUCCUUUUCGGUAAAUACCGGUCUUCAAGCAACUACUCUGACCUGUUAUUCGCUGCAACGAAAUACUGCGUCUUUCAUAACGUGAAGGUCUCUGCCGAUGUCAUCCGUGCCCAGGUGGAUGAACGGUGUCAGAGACUACGCACUGACAAAAUUGACAUGUUGCAAUUCCACUGGCAUUUCUACAAUGAUCCCCAGUAUAUCGAUGCCCUGAAAUACCUACAACAAGAUGGCCGAAUCAAAUACCUUGGCCUCUGCAACUUUGACACAGUGCAUAUGCAAGAAGUGAUUGAAAGUGGAGUCAAAAUCUUCACCAACCAAGUCCAGUUUUCAAUCGUUGAUUCCCGACCCACAGUGAAGAUGGCUGAAUUCUGCGAUAAGCAUAACAUUAAGUUACUUACCUACGGUACCCUGCUGGGAGGCCUGCUAGCGGAGAAAUGGAUCGACCAAGCGGCGCCAGAUCUCUACGCCGAGACAACGACACCAAGCCAACGGAAGUACAUUGCCAUGAUUGACAAAUGGGGCGGCUGGAACCUGUUCCAGGAACUCCUCCGCACCCUCCAAACCAUUGGCCGAAAGCACAAUGUCUCUGUAUCGAAUGUCGCUACACGGUGGGUAUUGGACUUCAAGUGCGUCGGAGCCGUGAUUAUAGGGGCCCGCAUGGGUGUGAGCGAGCAAUCCGAAGAGAACCUGGCUAGCCUUGGCUGGUCACUGGAUCAGGAGGAUCAGGCUCUGAUUCAAACGAUUCUGGAUCGGAGUUCCAGACAGGAGAUGUUUGAGAGCGUGGGUGAUUGCGGAGGCGAAUAUCGAUGA